CAUAAAAUCAAUGCGAUCGGUAUCGAUCUCGACAAAGAGCUGAUCGCAAGUCAUUUAUCAAAACAACGAAAAACAUGUUUUUUUAUUCGAUAAUUAUAAUACAUUGGUGGUAAGUGAUUCAGAUGACGUCUGACAGACUCUUUCAAGAUGAAGAAUUUCAAGCUGUGGGUUCAUCAAAAGGCAUUUAGUGAAAAUGAAUUACUGAUCAACCCGAAAGAGUUCCCUGAUGUCAAGAUUGGUGAUAUCCUGGAAAUUUAUCAUCCUGAUGAAGAAAGCAGUCACUUGCUGUUGCAAGUCAAAUCCUUCAAAGAUGAGCUUCAACAGAACAGUAAAGAAAUCAUAAGUGUAGAGCAGGGAGUGGCGUCCCUGUUUCAGCUGAGGGCUUACAAGAAUGUCAAGGUGACCAAGGUUCAGCCUGGAGAUGUGGCCUUAGACCUGGUCGAGUUGGUCUUCAAGGAACAGUACAUCAGCAGGAGUGACAUGUGGAGACUCAAGAACAGCCUGGUGGACACAUGUAUUCACAUUCAGCAGAAGUUAGAACUGAGUGGGAUCCGUGCCCAGGUCCAGGAACUCUGGUCUCGUUGGGAGAGGGUGUCCUGCGGAGCCAUCACCAACGAUACAAGGGUAGCCUUUAGAUCAGCUACAGCCAUGGUCUAUCUCUUCAUUCAGAUGAGCUCAGAGAUGUGGGACUUUGAUACAUGUGGUGACCUUUACUGGGAGAAGGCUGUCGGUGGAUUUCUGACAGAUCUCUUUAACAAAUGGAGAGAUAAAGGGGUCAACAAUGAGGCCACUGUGGUUCUCUUCUCUCGUACAUUCUUCAAAGCUAAGUCACUUGACCAGUUCCCCAAGUGGAUGCGAGACAAUGUGAAGGUUGACUACGCCGGUCGGUUCUACCAAGAUUUCUAUCGUGCCGUCGUCCAUCACGAGAGAAGAGAUGAAUGGCAUGGGCUACUCCAGACACUCAAGGCUCACUUUAUCGUCUACCUCAAAGAAGUCUUAUGUGAAACUCAAGAAAGUGGACAAAUACCCCCAGGCUACAACUCAUCAGCUGCAGAAGGAAACUUCUUGGAAACUCUAAACAUGACUCUCAAUGUGUUUGACAAGCAUUAUGUUGACCGUAACUUUGAGCGCACCGGUCAGCUGGUCGUGUUACUGACCCCGGGAGCUGGAGUCUUUGAUGUCGACAGGGAAAUGUGCAAAAUCACCAGACAGAGAAUGAUUGAUAAUGGUAUAGGCAGUGAUCUAGUAUGUCUAGCUGAACAGCCUCUACAUGCAGUGCCUCUGUUUAGGUUCCAUAACAAGACCAAAGACGUGCAUGUCCAGAGAGGAGACUACAACAUCCCUCACUGGCUCAACUACAGCUUCUACACCAAAGAGGGGGUACAUGGCAUUAAUGAUAAAUUCAAACCAAGAAUCAAGCUAGCAGAGAAGAUAUACACAUCUCAGAAUGGAGACGCCCUUCCCACCCUAGUCAAGUGCUGCCCACAGGUGAUGAGCAGACACGCCCUGCUGCGUCACAUAUCCUCGGACCACUCCCUCCCCAAACCGGAUGAUAUAGACUACCUGUGUGAGGAGUAUGAUGAGGGUGUCUUUGGUGUACUCAGUGGCAAAUCACCCAAACCUAGGACACCAGCUUCUAUGCGUCCAUCAUCAGGUGGUCAGCAUCGUCAACGGCAACCUGGAUCUGUAGGUCAUGUGACUUUUGACAAACAGGGAUCACCUCAGAACAAAUGGACCAAGCCAGACGUGAUAGAUCCAGGUAGAAGGAAUAGCUCUCCUGGUGCCAAGCAGGGAAGCUACCAUUCAGAAGAUGGGGAUGCUGCAAUAGCCAUUCCAGGGAGGGGCAAUAAAGCCAACCCACUUGCCAGAAUCCAAAGAGAAGCCAACGUGAUUAGCCAUAGUUUUGAAGCAAGACGUAGAGACUCUUCAGAGAGCACUACCGCCUCGACCUCUCCCAAGGGCAUCGUGGUGGGAAGCGCUGGGGCUACCACUGCCCAUUUCAACCAGGCCGGUCAGGGCCAGCCAAGGGCAUUGGUGAAUCCAUUCGGAACGUCCAGCUUGGUGGUCAAGCUGACCUCUAACAGACGCAGGUGGACACACACCUUUCCACAGGGCCCAAGCGGGGGCGCCAUACAAACCCACCAUCGUAACCAGAUCACUCCGUCCUACUACUUCUCCCAUUACUAUCCGUCCAAUUCCUCCAACCCCUACCACCAACGAAACUCCAGCACCCUAGGUUCCUCCCCCUCCAGCCCCCACUACCACUGGGCUGGCCCCGUCAUCAACGGGGGCGGGGCACGUACCCCUACCGAUGGCACCGAGAGGCCGUCGUUACCGCGUAGUGCCAGUGAGAAUCGACUCCGCCCCUCUGCUAGUGGAAGCAGUCUCUUCAGCACUGGUUCAUCUCCGAGUACAGACACAGUCUUGCAGAGGCCUGGCAGCGCAGGUGUCGACUGGAAGUCCUUGACUGCCACGGCCUGUCUGCCAGUGUCAACCGACUUCUAUCCUGACAGGCUAUCACUGGAAAGGGACUUUCUGGAGUUCAACUAUGAGCUCCUAGCAGAGGAGGACAUCAUCGGUCCUUUCAUGACAGUGGAGGCCAUAUUUCAGGAGCUUAUAUCACAAAGACUACUACAGGGUUUCCAGUUGGUGGUCCUACCCAGCCUCGACUUAUCAUCUGUUACCAGGAGCCAACGUCAUCCUCCAUUGAUCACUAAUCCAGAGAAGAAGGAGUAUGUGCUGAGUAUUGGUCGUAUCUUCCACAAGCUAUGCCUGCAUCUCGAGAGGAAGACUAUUACAGUCACGAUCUAUAAACCAAGGCAUCCAUCCCUGUGUGAACCCAUCCAGUACACCUACCAGCUCUGGUCCGUACAGAAUGAAGGCUACUCACCCAUUCAGACCACAUUCAGACACGAGGAGAUAGAGAGAUACAACUGGAACUAUCUGGAUAACUACAUCUCUUCGCACGACAAUGAAUUCUCUCUGGUAGAUUCCUUGAAAUUCUGGAGGUCCCGCUUUUUGCUGAUCCCCAACACGCCCGUGCUGGUGAAGCGUUUUGCAGACGAGCAUGGGAUCAGCACGACAGAGGCAGUGUCAUGUGACAGGGACCACGCCUUCAGACAAUACCAGACCGAUGCGUUCCUGAGAUUCGUUGAGAUCCUCAAUGGUAUCCGCAGGCAGACGAGCACAUCAAGAGGUCCAAAGGCUUCUUCUGGUCGCCAGACACCCAUCGCAGGGGACCUGACACACCCUGGUAGUAGGUCCUCUCCAGUGCCUGAUAGACAGAGACAUGCUAGUGGGACUGGUAGCCCAGCGCCACACCCUCCUAAUGCACCUGCUGUCGCCACUACCAGUGAAGAAUCCCUUACAAUAUGCACUCCACUACAAGUCAUUGCUAAGGCUAUGGCUGAUCCAAGUAAAGGGUUGAGGUUCAUUGCCCCUGGACAGAAAGGGGUCCCCCCAAACUGCUUCAUGUCUGGUGAGGCUAUGACCUGGGUUCAGAGGUCAUUCAGCGAUGAGGUCACCGAUGUAGAAGCUUUUGAUCUGUUGAAGAACAUGUCAGAUAAUAGGUUGAUCCAGCAUGCAUCCGGCUUACCUCACAUCCCCUUCCUCCAUGGCUUCUACGUCUACUGCUUGAUGCUUCCAGAGAAUGUACCUCCCAUUUCGGAUGCAACCAAAUCGCACUUGUGGGGUGACUACAUCCCUCAGCUUCCCAUCAACAAUGACUUCACUAGCCACUGGUUUGAGGUUGCUGUGAUGGAGGAGUUGUCAUGGAAACAGAAUGCCAAUGAGAUGCCUUGCAGUGGUGUAGAUAAGGACUUCCAUCCCAUAUCACCGUGGAGCAUGCGUGAGAUGUCGGGUAGCACGCCCGGCUUUGGAUCUGCGCCUUCUAGUAGUCGAGCGUUUAAGCCCCAAGAGAUCAGGAACGUGAUGCUAGAGAUCGACUGUAAUAAGACGGACCGUGUAGAGUGGUGUCAUGUGACUUAUGAUGGCCAGUACAGUGUGGAUCGGGCGUUCGAUAUCCAGGUGGAGUGGCUAGUCUGCACCCCCAGCCUCUUGAAUGAAAUGCUUCAGGGGUGGUCCAGAAAGGCCAACACGUUUGGCUACCACCUCGUCCCCGCCCCCACCGACCCCUUCCACCAGCACCCCGAGUUUGCCAACCCCCUGCGCUGCCCCCUCUUCAUACCCCUCGAUAUCCAGUCCCUCAAGGACGACGUGAACCGGAGGCACAUCGGUGGUGAGAUGCUGGAUGAGGAGGGCGUCGCCGGUGGUGGUGGUGGAAGCUGGCUGGGCCUGGAACCGGGGAACAAAGCCAUAGACCUCUUCCAAGAACUCAUCAUGAAAAAGUUUGGCUUUACCUUGAUACGUGAUAAGGGGCGUGGCACCUUUGACGGGUUCGGCUUCCAUUCCAGUAGGCGUGGUCACCAGAUGGAAUACAUCCACAAAUCAGGAGUAUGCUUCGUCUCUCUAAUCAACUCCCCGGACGAGACUCCCAUCGUCCCCUCCGUGACCCCGACAGGUCAGGGACGAAGUUCGCCCUGCGAGGUCGUGAAGGCUCCUCGGCGGAGGAACUCCAGCGGCGGCAUCCCCAUCAUGGUGGGACGCGACAGCAGCUUCGACAUCGUCGACACCAUGGACGACGACGAGCCUGACGUCGCGUUCACGGAAGAGAGGAGGACGAUGCGGAGUGGGAGCAUCAGGGAGGUCCGCGAGAAGCACGUGGAUGGCCGGUUCGACAACGUAGGCUUCCUCUGGUCCAUGAACCACAUGCUGACCAAGCGAUGGCGCUGUAGCGCUUGCGGGGACGAGAAAGUGUAUGACAGUAUUAUGAGAGAGGUGAUCAGCAUGAGUCGGAAUGUAAAGGGUAAGCUUACAGAUUUCUGGCUUGAGAAUACAGAGACUCUGACAUUUUGA